AUGUACGAGUAUUUGCACUCGCUCCCUGCGUUUAUGAACGCCACAGCUGCAAAAUGGGCUUAUGUCUCCCUAUCGGCCCUUGGUGCGCUUCCUGGGCAAUUCAACCGAUCCGCGUUGGAAGCUCCGUGGGCGACAGACGAUGUUUCCGACUUCGGCCUAUCACAAACGCUCGCGUACCUGAACAGUACAGAGUUUGUCGCGUACGACAAGCGAUUCUUUGAGAUCCUCGGGCCAGAAGCUACAAUUGAGCACGUCCAGGAACUAGCGUUCCAAUCACACGAAGCGCCCUGUUACAUUGAGGACACGAACCAGCUAUUUUUCGUUGAGUGGGGUCCGCCGGGUGGUGACAAUGGAACGCAUCCGUGGCAGUACCUGUUCGACAUUGACACCAAUGAGCUGAGAAGGAUCACUACCGAUCCUCCAACUUACAAUGCGCAUGGGUGCGUCGUUUACAAUCACUCCCUGUACGUCGUCACCGACGGAUACGGCGACCAAGGCACUGGCCAACUGGUCAAGAUCGACCCGCAAUCUUGGAAGCAAGAGGUGAUUCUCAACAACUAUUUCGUCCAGCCAUUCGCUGGAUUCAAUGACCUGGAGAUCGAUCCCCAUGGGAACUUUUACUUGACGGAUUCAAAGUCUGCCUGGGGUCGAGGCAUCGUCGACUUCACACCCCCAACAAACCCCACCGUGUACUUCGUCGAGCGUGAAACCCUCCGCAUAAAACCCGUGCACAUCACCGACGGCAACGCGAACGGCGUUGCCAUAUCGCCCGACGGUAAGACACUCUAUAUACCAGACACGGGCGUCUCCAAGUACUAUCCGACGGGAAAAACGCCCUAUGGGAAGCGAGCCCUGUCCGCAUUCGACAUUUCACAGUCCGGUGCGGUGCUUUCGAAUGAGCGGCUGCUGUCGAAUCCGAUCUCGUACUUUUACGAUGGUGUUCGCGUUUCGCGGAACGGGUGGAUUUUCUGUGGUGCGGGCGAUGGCGUAGAUGUUAUCGAUCCGGAGUCGGGGUUCACUCUUGGGACGAUUCGCGUCGGGGGUGGAGAGAAUCUGGCUGUUAGCCUGAGCUUUGGCAGGAAUGAGCUCUGGAUUGUUGGGCGGGGAGGUGUUUGGCAUGUCAAGGGGAUUAGGGAGAGGUUGGACCGGGACUGGUAG